AUGGAAAUUGAUGAGUUUCUCAAAGAGGCGAUGGCUUCAACAUUUCUAGGAUGCUCGGAAAAUGAUUAUUAUAAUGGAAUGAUGUUCGCAAAUGAAUUGAAUUUUUUUCCCUCAGAAGAUAUUAUAUACGCGACUCCCUUUUUUACCGCAUCUGAUGGUGACAACGACGCUUUCGUUAAUAAUGAUAACAACGCGUCAACGUCAACAUCUAAAACAUCUCUAAAUAACAUUACAUCAAGCGUUUCAACUUUUCUUGAUAAUACUCUUGACACUACGACCAUAUCUACUACGCCUAUUCAGGUAACACCAACUAAAGAGACCACCACAUCUUUCGAAAUGGUGAAUAACCGCGGACAUACAAAACACGCUGAUACUCUGUCGGAUGUGUUGAGUGAUUCAACAAGUAUAACACAGAAUUUGAUGAAUGGUAAAUUAACGAUGGAAGAAGUUUUGAAUAAUAAACAGCAACGAAAGAAAAAGCAUAAGACGUCAUCUUCUUCAUCGUCAUCAAGACAGGCGAUUCUCCAGUCAGCAGAUAGGAAGAUGACAUUGAAUGAAAUCUACACGUGGAUAACAGAUAAUUAUCCUUACUAUCAACGAGAGGAGAAAUCCGGGAGUGGUUGGGAGAAUUCGAUCCGGCAUAAUCUAUCUCUUAAUAAAGCAUUCAAACGGUUGCCACGAACUGAAGGACAACCAGGAAAAGGUUGUUAUUGGACAAUUCUCCCCGAACACGAGUCCAUUAUCAAAAACAGUUCCUUCAAAGAACGUCGAUCUAGCAAAAAAUUCAAGACGCCGCCUGCUGCAAAAUCAAGCACUCCAAUUUCUGUAAAGAUCGAAAGUAAUGGUGGAAUCGUUGAUUCAAAUCCCUCAAUAGUCUCUCAGUCACCACCACAAUUAAAGGAGGAAGUAUUUACGACCCCAGUCGUCCCUCUUGGUCAAUCUAAUGGUGACACCUUGACGCAGAUAGCAGCUGAAGCGAUGGUCGAAAUGCAAACUCAUAACAUUAAAAUCGAAAUGACUGAUCUCACAAGAGCAGACGAAAACGGCGUUGCUCAUAGUACAAUUGCUGUUAAGGCAGAACAUGCGAUGACGCCUCGUGCAAAAAAACAAGCAUCCGGGUUAAUCGAGAACAAAAAAGAUGAUGUCGACGAGGGUUACGGAGAUACUGAGAUUCAAACCGAAUCUAAAUCAACAAGAACUACUAAAAACACACCCGCCACUCCCGAUAACCUCAAGUCGCCUAUUAAGGAAUUCGUAUCACCCGCUGAAGUGCUUUUGCAACCAUUGUAG